CCCUCUAUCAGCAAGUCUACAAUUAUCCUCUCACCCCCAAUAAGUACGGCAAAGAGGGGCAAAAAAUCGCGCUCGAAAGCUAGGCCCUCAAAAUCCACCUCCCUGGUCCAUGCGGAGCCCGCACCUUCGGAAAGAACGAAUAAUGGAGUACCGGCUCAAAAGAAGGAUGCCGAAAGAGGAGUUCCUCGAAAAAUUAAUAUUUGGCGACGUGGAAGGUUUCAAGGAUAAGUUGGAUGGAGUUGAUGGUGGAGAUUCUGACAAGAGCGAUGAAGGAGGGAUUGCACUUGUCGGAGAUGGAGAUGAAAAUGAAGAUGUGGGAGCAGACUUAUAAGGGCUUCAAGACGAUGAAUUAUUCUUUGUCGAUGAGGGGCCGUCCGACACCGCUAUAAUCCCCUCCGAGAGUAUUCGGGACGCCAGCCAUAAAUCUUCAGAAGAAGAAGGAGAUGAAGGUCUUCUAGCAUGGCAAGACUCCGACGACGAAACGCUCACCAUCCAUCCCACUUGCUAAUCGGGGCUUGCUACCCAAGCUUCGGGACACUGAAACUGAAGACCUUGUCAGCGGGAAGGAAUAUUUUGCACGGCUGCACAGGUAGUUUGAGAGGAUAUAUCCCAUGCCUGAGUAGGCUGUUAGUGAUUCGGUUCGGAAGAAGGCAAGGUUGUAUGGCGCAGGAGCGGGGAGUAGCGAUGAAGAGAUGGGCGGGGUAGGGGUGGAGGAGGAGGCUGAAGAGCAGGAAGCAUUGAGAUCUGCGCCUAGUCUUGAGGAGAUUCUGAGGAGUACUACGAACUGGACACG